AUCUGGAUGCUCACCUUAAUCUUUUCUCCGUCGAUUUCGAUCACCUUCUCCCGAAAGUCCACCCCGAUCGUGGCCUCCGUCUUAUCCGGGAACCUGCCGGCGCAGAAGCGGUAAGUCAGGCAGGUCUUCCCCACCCCGGAGUCUCCGAUCACGAUGAUCUUAAAGAUCCGAGUGCGGGGAGGAGGCAGAGAGGAGCUGAACUCCAGGGAGGAGAGAGAGGAGUCUUCUGCCAUUAUCCCUCGCCGUCUCUCUCCCCAGGGCUCUAUCACUGCGCCGAUCACAGCAUUGAUGAGGAUCCCGCUCACUCAGCUGAGUCACUCCAAUCACUCACUGGAGGGCAACUUUGGCCGGAUAUCAGUCAGCCAAGGUUCAAUGACCUUACCAAAGUCCAGCUCAAGAGGAACUGAGCGCCUGACGAGAAUGCUGGCACCCAGAGGUGUAGAUGUGGAGCCUCCUCCUGCGGGGCUGCAGCUGGAGUUUCAGACCCUCUUCACCACUGAAGCUCUGCAGUUUCUGUCUGAUUUAUGCAGCACAUUCCAACCAGAGGUUGACAGGGUCCUUAAGCUAAGAACUCUCCGGAAGGUUCAGCUGGAUUUGACUGGUGAGCUGCCGGGAUUCAGGGAGGACACGGCCCACAUCCGCAACGACCCCACCUGGAGAGUCAGCCCUGUCCCUUCCCGACUGCAGUGCAGACAUGUGGACAUUGGUGACCUUUCACCCUGUGACACGCAUCGUUUCAUUCAGGGCCUCAAAUCCAAAGCCCAAGGAAUACAAGUAGAUUUCGAUGAUGGCAACUGUCCAACGUACUACAAUCAGAUAAAAGGCAUUUAUAAUGUUUACCAGGCUGUGCGCAACCAGUUUCAUGCUGCACCUCCUAUAUCUCAGGCCCCGGUUCUUAUGCUCCGCCCCCGUGCAUGGAACAUGGUGGAGCACAACAUGAUGGUAAAUGGUCGGGAAAUACCUGGUCCACUCUUUGAUUUUGGCCUGCUGAUGUUCCAUAAUGCAAAGCUGUUGCUGGAGAACCAGAGUGGCCCCUUUUUCUACCUUUCCAAGGUUGAAAGCCACCUGGAGGCGAAGCUGUGGAAUCAGAUUUUUCUCUGGACAGAGGAUAAGCUGGACCUGCCGGUGGGCAGUAUAAAGGCAACCGUUCUGAUAGAGUGUGUACUGGCCUCGUUUGAAAUGGAGGAGAUCCUGUAUGAGCUCAGAGAUCACUCCGCUGGUUUAAACUGCGGCAUCUGGGACUACUCGGCUUCCUUUGUCAACAAACUCGGUCACAGGGCUGACUUCCUGCUCCCUGACCGCAGCAAGUAUGUGAACAUGGAGAAGCGUUUCCUGCGCAGCUACAUGGAUCUGCUGGUGAAGACGUGCCAUCGCAGGGGCGCCUUGGCAACCGGUGGCAUGGCAGCAUUGCUAUUGCCCAGAGACAAGCAGAGUGUCCUUUACAAGACCAUAGUGACCACUGUCACCAGACUAAAGCUACUGGAAAUCCAAGCUGGAGUCGAUGGCUUCAUGGUGUAUGACAUGGACUUGAUUGAGCCCAUGCAAAAACUGUUCCAGCUCCAUUCUCAGGGAAAGAACCAGCUCCAGCAGCUGCGGGAUGACCUCACCGUGAGCCCUGAAGACCUGCUCACUAUGCCAGCGGGUGGAGUGACACUGUAUGGGCUGAAGUACAACAUUGCUGUUGGUGUGCUGUUCAUCGAAGCCUGGCUUUCAGGUAGAGGGCAUUUCUUCUAUAAGGGGCAGGUGGAGGACUCGGCCACUGCAGAGAUCUCCCGAUCUCAGGUGUGGCAGUGGAUUCGGCACCAGGUGAAACUGGAGGAUGAUGGGAGGACAGUGACCCGUGGGUUGGUCAGGAGCUUGGUACAAGGCAUGCUAGAUGAUCUGAGGGCAGCAACGCAUUGUCAGACACAACGAGAUGAAGAGAGGUUGACCACAGCCCUGUCCAUUUUUCUGGAGGUAGUUCAAAAGAGCGAUUUCCCAGAGUUCCUCACGACCUACCUGUACCUGGACCACACAUUCCUGAGCUCGCAGUGUCUGCAUGAGGAAAGAGUGGAUGAAGGACAUUACAAAGCCAGGCUUUAAUUACUAACCUGUGUCUCAACUCCAGGUGACUUAAUUCACCAAACCUUUGAGUCCUGUUACUAAAAUAGCUCAUUAAAGACCUCAAAUGUGACUGAUGCAAAGCUGGCUAUAAUGAAUAAAAUAAAGAACAUGCAGUGUCAGAAAAA